CGCCCCCCUGACCGGAAGUGCGUCUCAGCUGCGUUUUUGGCCUGUCUCCGUUUUUAAAUGUUGAGUUUGUGGAGCUGAAAAACCUUUUAAAGGCCCAAAAACGGCGACCAGAGAGAUUUACUGACCUUCAGCCGCACCAGAGCCACCAAACGGAUAAAACUGGCCCCUCCAGUCCCUGCCAUCAUGCCCGCGCUGCUGGAGAGGCCGAAGCUGUCGAACGCGAUGGCGCGAGCUUUACACAAACACAUCAUGAGGGAGAGAGAGAGGAAGAGGCAGGAAGAGGAGGAGGUGGAUAAAAUGAUGGAGCAGAAGAUGAAGGAGGAGGAGGAGAGGAAGAGAAAGAAAGAGAUGGAGGAGAGGAUGUCUUUAGAGGAGACCAAGGAGCAGAUAAUGAAGAUGGGGGAGAAGCUGCAGGGUCUUCAGGAGGAAAAGCACCAGCUCUUCCUGCAGCUGAAGAAGGUUCUGCAUGAGGAGGAGAAGCGCAGGAGGAAAGAACAGAGCGACAUGACGACUCUGCCCUCAGCUGCCUAUCAGCCCAACAUGGCCAUCCACUCGGGCCAGCACCUCCUGAGCAUGCAGGCGAGUCCAGUAAGUCACGGCCGUCCGGCGGCUCUGUUAGGAGAGCGUAAUAAACAGCUGUUCCAGCCUCCGGUCAUUUCUGGUCGUCAUUAUCAGUCCCAGCAAGGGUUCAGCGCUCCUGGAGCGGAUCACGGGCAGUUUUCCGGAGCUCAGCCGGGUCAUGGGCCUUACGGGGUCACCCAGCAACAACACGCCUCCCCCUUCACCCCCAGCCAGCCUGUGCCGGUCAGCUACGCCAGCAGUCAACAGAUCAGAGGUGCGUCAGCAUUCCCGGCUAUGCAGUACCUGCCCCAUCAGCAACAGGGCUACACCGUACACAGCCACUUCACCUCUCAGCCAGGUUUUAUUCCGAGCGCUGGUAUUCCUCUGCAGAAGCAGUUGGAGCACGCUAACCAGCAGUCUGGCUUUACUGACUCUAGCACCCUGAGGCCCAUGCAUCCCCAGGCUCUCCAUGCUAGUGCGGCCGGUUUGCUGCCCACUCCGUCCAUCGCUGUCCAGAUCCCUUCUGCCAAGACUGGCUUGCCAUAUGCCCACCCACCCAGGCCGGCCUCCCCGGGAGCGUUCACACACACGGCCCCCCCACAGCCAGCACACGCGGCCACGUUUCAGAGCUCCGCCCAGCCGCCCCCACGCCACGCCUACCUCUCUCACAGCCAGUCAGGACAGAGGUUCUAUCACCAUGGCAAAUAGCCGGCCUACCAGGUGGCGGAGAUUGUGGUGUUAGAUUUGGGUUUGACUCACUCCAGCUUCAGCACGUCACAACCACACAGUACCGCAGUAACGCUUUAGCGUAGAGAACGUUUAUGAUAGUUAAUCAGCAUGAGGACAAACGUCUGUUAGCUUCAUACUUCAUUUCUGCAUCCGCUAAUAUUCACUAGCACAGGGUCAUCACUCUUAUAUACCGUCAGUGGGCAGGUGCUUCAAAGGAGAACUUCACUGUUUCUCGUCCUGCUCUCCGUCUGCUGUACCUGUAGCUCAGAGCCGAGUAGCUCAGACAGUAACUUCAACACGUUUCCCUGAACCGAAAAAAGAUCAGAAAACAUAGUAGCAUCAAACUCGCUUAUAGCAGAAGACAGUGGGCAGUUCCUGAGCUUGUGCCGUAUUUUUACAGAGCCUUUUCAUGAUUUAUUCAGUUGAAAUUUCUAAAUGAAGCUGCAGUCAUGCCAAAAAAGACUUUUAACAUGAAAUUUAUGAACUUCUUAUUAAAAAGAAUCAGUUUAAUAUGGAUAUUACUUGAUAUUUAUUUUAAUAAUAGUAUAAAAUUAGUCUUUUGAGAAGAAGUCAUGUGGUGCAGCCACACAAUGAAAUGAAUUACGUAUUUUAAAGUUAUUUACAGCUACUAAAGGGGUGCUAACUAGCCUUUGUACUUGGACACAAGGUUAUACGUAAUUUUGUUUCAAAUGAUGAACAUUAAUGUAAUAAUAACACGUUCAUAGUUUGGCUGGGGUCGCACCUCCUGACUGAGCUGAAGCAGCUGAACCACGAUUCAGAAAUUACAGUAUUUGUAAAAAGGCUGAUGAUCUCGGCCCACUCUUCCUUAAAGUCAUGCCAGAAUAAAAGUCCUUUGUUGUCAGUUGAAAGUUUUUCAAAACUUUUCAUAAGCUGCAUGUCUCUGCGACUAAUUGUGCUUUUAAAGGUGUGAAACAUAAAAUCAAAGUAUUUUAUUUCGAAUUUAAUUUUUUAAAUAUAAAUUAUCCUUUUUAAUAGUUUAUUUAAUCUGCAUAUAUGGUUGGUGGUUGGACAAUCACACCACCUGACAUUUUCAGACUGUCACACUUUGAAAUUAAUUAAAAUGUGUUUGAAAUUAAUUAUUUUUUGAUGCACUAAAAAUGCAUUUGUAAAAAAGGAGGUAUUAUAUAAUGACUUGAUAUGAAGUUUAAUUAAAAUUAAUAAUAAUUUAAAUUAGAAUUGAUUUAUUUAAUAGGAAAACAAAGAACUGGUUCUUUCAGACGUGGGACUAGUUUUCCAGAGACUGGAUUCUGUGGUGAUGCAUUAUUUUUCAGAGGCUCCGCCUCCUGAUCGCCAUGGAUACUAGAAAUCUUAGUGAAAGCGAAUGAAAUCAGAGCUGCUUUUGCCAGUUCACUCUAACAGAAUUGAAAUUUUUCAGCCUCACAUAUUAUUUAACCAUUUAUCGAUGGAAUUCAGCAACUGCCCAUUGACUUCCAUUGAAAGUAUGUUUUAUGCUAAUACGUUUUCUGUUAUUUUCUAAGUUCAGGGAAACGUACGGAAAUAACUGUCUGUGGUAUUUAACUGUACGUUACAGGUACAGCAGAUAGAGAUCAGGAUGAAAAAAUACUGAAAUAUUCCUUUAAGCUGUUAUCAGUGCAGUGAGUUCUGUUUGAUGUUCUUAUGUUCAGCAGUCGUGCCAAAUAAAAAAUACUGACAAUAACAAUAAACACAGGCUUAACCUUAGUAAGAGAGCACACAGUACAGACUGAAAGGCAGUUUAAACUGACAGGCAUAACAGCUGUAAACACUCGGCUGUGUGUGAUCUGAGGCAGGAAGUCUGAGCUUUUCCUGCUUUAUUAUUUUUAAUAGGGAGUAAAGCUCUCAGGGCACUUUGUGUAGAUACUGAUAAAUUCCCCAACACACAUGGCCACGCGAAAAACGGGGAGGAAGAGUUAUUUUCCUAAAAAUAAAAACAAAACAAUAUUUUAAUUUAAUUAAAAUGUGAUAUUUUUAACUCAGUUUGAUGAAAUUGCACUUAAAAUCAGAUCUCACACAACGGUAAUAAACCAUUAUGAGGAAAAAUUAUACAUUGAUUUUGCUCCUGUCGUCUGAAAUAGAGCGUGAACACACACACACACACACACACACACACACACACACACACACACACACACACACACACGCCUGGAACGGAGACUGUAUUUAUUUAGUGUUUUCUGGCGCGCAAUAAAAGACAAACUGCUAAUAAUCAA